UAUUUUUUCUGCAGUUGUCUAAAGUGGAUAUGGUUUUUACAAGCACUUUGCCUUGUAAUUCUGUAUCUCAAAUCCAAAGACCAUUUACAAGGAGCCAUCUUCAACAACACCAGUGUGCCCCUCCAUCAUCACCUCCAUUUCUCAAGCCUUCUUCUUUUUCUUCUUCGAACCAUACUUAUUCUCUCAUUCAAGACUCUGCUGUCAUUGCUUGCCUUCGUGCCAACAGUGCUGAGCAAGCUAUGGAAGCUGCUCGUGCUGCUGUUAACGGUGGUAUUACAGUUCUGGAAAUUGUGAGAUCAACUCCUGGUGUUUUUGAGGUGUUGCAGGCUUUGGUUAAUGAAUAUCCUACUAUGGCCUUUGGUGUUGGGACUGUUUUAACUGUUGAGGAUGUCAAAGCUGCUAUAAAGGCUGGAGCCAAGUUUCUUAUGAGUCCUGCUACAUUCAAUGACAUUAUAGAUACUGUUCGAGAUGCUGAUGUGCUAUAUAUACCUGGUGUAAUGACCCCAACAGAGAUAUUAUCUGCUCAUAAUGCUGGUGCCAAGAUUGUGAAGAUUUAUCCUGUAUCGGCAUUAGGUGGCGUACGGUACAUAUCAGCUAUUAUGAAGCCCUUUUCUCACAUCCCCAUGGUUGCUUCCCAGGGCAUAACUAUAGAUUCAGUAGGUGACUAUAUCGCUCGGGGAGCGAUAUCCGUCGUUUUAUCGGAUGCCAUUUUCAGUAAAGAGGCAAUGAACCAAAACAACUUCAAUGCCGUAAAUCAACUCGCCAAAUCCGCAGCUUUGCAGGGCAAAAAUGCUGUAGAAAGGUUAGCCAUGUCUAGUUAUACAUCGAUCACGAAUGUUUUAAGAAAAAUGAAGAGUCGGAAUAAGAAACGGCCAACACACUCAGCAAUUUUCAGUUGCUGUAUUUGUUUUAUGUGAUAGACUGAUCAGGAACUUAUGCAGAAGAAGAGGUAAAAGCGGCUGCAAAGGGAUAUGCCUUGAAAUCAUACAAAACAAACAGGUAAAACAGAGAUCAUCUUUUUGAUGCGCUUGUCCAUAUGCACAACCUCGGACAUUUCUGUAACGAAGCGUUCUAGUAUUAGAUAUGUGUCGGGUACGAAUAUAGUUUUGACGCUACAAAAUAAAAUCGGACAUUCGAGGACAUGUCGAAAAGUUAAAAUUGAAACCAGAUCGUGGUCAAGACCCGUCUAGCAUGGCGAGUUUUCUUUUUUCUUUUACUGCCAAAAUAUGUAUUCAACAAUGA